AUGUAUGUGAAAUGGUUUGAUACAGUAAUGUUUUACUAUGUGAUUUUAGUGAUUUUAGUGAAUGUCACUUUUUUGUCAUUUUCAAAUUUCCCACCGUUCCGUCCCUGUACGUCCCGACGCUCGCAGGGGAUGGAACCCAGAAGACAGAUGCAAGCAUCUGCCAGAUUACAUUGCCGGGGACACUGCAGGAGGGACAUCGCGGGAGUGCAGGACAAGGUAAAGUGAUCGAGAGAUCGCAGAGCAGCGCCGCAUGGUAUUCCCGAGUGUAGCUCGGGGUUUACCGCUUGUGCUACACUCGGGAAUACCGCCAGGGGGGUUAAG